UACUGGCGGUAAGUACAGUAUGAAGUAAUUUAUAUCCGUACCUUAUGUGUUUACAAAAAUACAUUUAGAUUGUAUUUCGGUUACAUAACUUGAUACACAGAAUAAACAACAGUGAACAAGGCAAUGCUAAAUCAAAGGCGUUUUAUUAUUUAUUUAGUGUAGUCCAGUAGUUCGUGUAAAUCGUGCAUCGCAGAUUAAAUUGCAUUUUCAGCGUACAGUUUGAAACAUGUAGAAGAAUUUACUGCAAGGUAACUGCAUCUCCUAUAGUGCUAGAUCCAUGACAUGUCAUAAACGACACGUCUUAGUAUUGUGUUUGGUAGAAACAGUAACUCAACCUACUGUAAUAUUUAAUAACAACAAAUAUUAGAAUUUUUUUUUUAAAAAGCGCACAGUGUAAAAAUAAAAUGAUUGAUUACUACUAUUUCGUGAAACUGUUGUUUUGAGUUUAAAAUGUGCGUUAAAUGAAGGUGUAGCAUGAUCAAUGCUUGUCAUAUUUUGUAAUUAAACCCGGGAAUGAAGGCAGCAGUAUAAAAAAACCAAUGAAAACCUGCCAUGUCAGACAAGGUCUCCGAGGAUGACAUAUGGGAAUACAAGUCUAUAAGAAAACCCCCCAAAAUAGUUGAACGCAAUACUAAGAAAUUAAAGGAAAAGUCUGAACUAGAUGGUAAUAAAACAACAAGGCAAAGUAUAGAAAAAAAUAAUUUCAAGAAAAAUAUAGACAAUUCAAAAGCCAGCAUCAGCCAGACUACACCUGCUGUUUACUUCCUGCACCACAAUCCAAGCACCCCUAUUAGACAACACGAGAGAGAUCAAAGCAAUGCAGAAAAACAAACAGCCACAAAUGGACAGACUGUUCACGAAGGGCAUUGCCCUGGCUGUCAAAUGCCUUUCUCCGUUCUGGUUGUGCAGACUCCUUGCUGGCACGUAACGGAAUGCUUGGACACCCUUGGGAGUGGAGACGGUACAGAGUGCCCCGACGGUCUGCAUUGCAGUUCCACAAUUCCAAACCAUUACAAACGCUAUACUCACUUCCUGCUGGCUCACAGCAGGGCCACAGGAGACCAAGACUACUACAGCUUUAAUAGCGCUCAGGAAAGCUUGGCCAGUACGUCCAACUGCCAUAGCCAAAAUAUCGAUCCCAGUCCCACGCGAGCUUCCCCAACUUCACAGCAAGAGAAUACUGCCGGCAGCAAGCCGAAUGCACUGCUGCUCUUGAGAUCCCCUGCCUCUGCAGAGCUCAAGAAAAGGUCAAAGAAAACUCAGUCUCCCAGAGCAGCAACUGGAAAGCUAUCCAGCUCCCCUAACAAUUUGGAUACAAAGCAAUCUUUGGUAGGGUCCCAGAGAAAUCUUUUGUCUCAAAAAGGUAAAGAUCAUGUUAAAUCAAGUGGAUUAUCAAUAGAAAGAGUACCCAGGAAUGUACCAGAAGAUUUCAACAGCCUUUCACUGUCAGCAGCUGUUCCUAGUGAUGAAGAGAUAUCAUACUCUCCGCUGUGCAGUGAUUCUGAAGAGGUUAAACCAAAUCCGCAGUUAUUUCACACCAAUAUAAAUAAAUGCAAGGAGGGGGUUGUUAACAACUUUAAUGGGCUUGAUUCUGCCAGUUCACAAAGUCUUACUAAAUCCCCAAAUUUAUUGGAGGAAGACUUAAGUGAUACUGACCUUUUUUCUGAUUAUUUUAACGAGUCUCCACUAAAUGGGAUUGACAGCAAUAAAAGAAUGAACAGCACAGCAGUGGAUCACUCCACACAGACAGUUGAGACAUGUGUGGCUGGGUUAGCACAGCCUGAGAGCCACUACAAUUAUGGGCUCAUUAGUACAGAGAGUCAGUUGCACAAAGUGAUUUCACCUGGAAAUGAGACCCUAAAAGAGGAUUUGAUAGAUUCAGCUGGCACAACUUAUUGUUUUACUCAGGAAAAGAGCAGAAUUUUGGUAGACUCUUUACAUGCUAAGAAAGAGGCAGUGGUUUCAUUUAACUCCCCACAAAGUGUAGUUUUAGAGCAUUUAAGGAACAGUUUGACUCACGCUGGAGGUAGAAACAGUUUACAUUCCAUUAAUAUAAAACAAGAAAGGCCUUUAACUGAAAGCUCCACACCAUCACAAAACCUCAACCCACGCUCUCGAAACAUGGCUCCGAAAAGGUUACUCUUGUCAAGAAACAAGUCUUCAAGUGCGGGACUUAAGCAAACCGACAUUGGAGUGUUUUUUGGACUGAAGCCCUUGAAAGAGCAGGAGGUAAAGGUAAUAGAGAAGCAACCCAACAAGACUAUGCAAGCUGCAACAGAUGAAUUAAACUCAGAAGUCCACUCUAGGAAAAGAAAGCCAAGGCAAAGGAAGAGAAAAGCUACAAGUUCAAUCGGGGAUUCUGCAGAACAGGAAGCUGCGGGUGGGUCUAAUAAUAAUGAAGCACUUACCCCAAAAGAAAAGGGAAGCCGACCAAGGAGAAGAGGUUGGGUUAAAGGACCUGAAAAUGGAUAUGUUCCUGCCUCCAGACAAUGCCCUUUCUACAAGAACAUUCCAGGGACUGGUUUUGUAGUGGAUGCCUUCCAGUAUGGAGCUAUAGAAGGGUGCACUGCUUACUUCCUUACCCAUUUUCACUCUGACCAUUAUGGGGGGCUGAAGAAGAGCUUUCAGUUGCCAAUCUAUUGCAAUAAAAUUACAGGCAAUUUAGUGAAGAGCAAGCUUGGAGUGGAAGAGCAGUAUGUGAACAUUCUCCCGAUGAAUACAGAAUGUACAGUGGAUGGUGUCAAGGUUACAUUACUCGAUGCUAAUCAUUGUCCAGGUGCUGCAAUGCUGCUCCUCCACCUUCCCAAUGGGAAGACUGUGUUGCACACAGGGGAUUUCAGGGCAGACCCUUCUAUGGAAAGAUACCCUGAAUUAGUAGGCCAGAAAGUGCAAACCCUCUACCUUGAUACCACGUACUGCAGCCCUGAAUAUACUUUUCCAACGCAACAAGAAGCCAUCACCUUUGCUGCUACCACUGCCUUUGAAACAUUAACCUUAAACCCCCGCACUCUAGUGGUCUGUGGAGCCUACUCUAUUGGGAAAGAAAAGGUCUUCUUGGCUAUUGCUGACGUGUUGGGGUGCAAAGUGUGCGUGUCCCGGGACAAAUACAACAUCUUGUGUUGCCUGGAGUCUGAGAGAAUCAAGGAACUGAUCACAAUGGAUUGGGAUGCCACUCAACUACAUGUGCUGCCCAUGAUGCAGGUCAGCUAUAAAGGUUUACAGACACACUUCAACAAGUUUUCAGGAAAAUACGACCAAAUUGUGGCAUUCAAGCCUACUGGAUGGGUCUAUUCAGGCCUGAGCGAGUCUGUGGCAAGUAUUAGACCACGUGUCAGGGGAAAUGUAACUGUUUACGAUGUGCCCUACAGUGAACACAGUGGCUACCUGGAGAUGAAGAGAUUUGUCCAGUGGUUGAAACCAGAGAAAAUCAUUCCUACAGUGAAUGUGGGAAAUCCAAAGGAAAGAAGAGCGAUGGAGAAUGUCUUCAGUGAGUGGAAGUCUGAAAUGGAGAGAGAAUUAAAUGCAUGUAGAUAAUGCGUGUUAAGCAGAUUGUCACCACAUUCAAUAUGAACGCUGUCUCUCUUAAAAGAUGGUUUAGUUGGCAAAACAUUUUCAGUCUUGUUUUCAAUUGAUGCACUUUUUUUUGAAGGUUUGUCUGAGAUUGUGCUGUCAAAGAGCAGCAUGUGCAACAGAGGUUAGAAGUGUUGUGCCUGAAAGGCCAGAGUGUUUGGAAGUUGCCUUCUAUGUUGCAUCUAUUAAUGAUCGCCUUUUGUGCACAAACAAUUUCAUGGGAGAACUGCAUUUCUUUGAACGCUAUGGUGAAAAGCAGAACUUCACUAUCUUUCAAAUUUUUUUGUAUGUCUUUUGCUUUUAGGACAAAGUCUAAAAGGUAUCCGUGCUGUUCUAAAAGCAAUAAAGGAGUUGAACUAGAACAUGUCAUAUUUAAAACACUACGAACUCUGCUGCUUCAUAUUUCUUUACUGAAUUACACAUUUAAAAAAAACUAUUUAAUGGAAGAUUUUUAAUGUUUAAAUUGUGUAGAUAAUGUAGUGUUAUGAACAACAUAACUGAUUGCCAUUGUAAGUCCCAUUUAUGAGUGGGACUUGAUAACAUUGUUUCUUGUUACACUUGCAUUUUAAUAACUAAUUUAUAAUCAUUGCUUGUUUUUGGAUCUAUUGCAAAUGUAGUUGCAGAUUAUGAAAUCUGUUAACGAAUAUGACUAAUACUGUAUAGUGUACAUUUUGCAAUGCAACUUUUUUCCCCCUCCUUACAGGUUUAGUGCUUAAUUUUAAGUUUGUUUUAUGAUUCAAGUAUUUAGGUUUUCUAUUGGUAAUUUGAAAUAGUUAUCAUUUUUCAUUAAGGCUACAAGCUUGGAACCAAAAGUUGUGGUUGAUUUUAAAGUGCCAAGUGUUUGUGUGUGUUUAUAUAUUAAAAAAAAAUAAAUAAAUACAAAAGUUUGAGUUUCUAAUUCCCUAAUCAACGUGGAAAUGAAAGCCACAUUUGGGGAAGCCUUUAGGAGCUUGACCUGAACUUUGUGCAAGUAACCUCCCUGCAACCAAGCUAGUUUUAGUGUUGAGUAUUACACACAGAAUGAAUGGACUGUUCCUUAUCUGACUAAGUGGAACUUUGCAUGGCAUAGAACAAAAAUGUGUUACACAACCUAAACAUUCAGAAAGCAACAUCAAAUCUAGCCUGUUCACUGAACUGCAAAAAAUGAGGGGUGUGGGUUUUCAUUUAAUUUUUUUUAAAGGUUUAGGUAGCUUGGUGCUGAUAGUAAGGGCAACUGAUAAUCAUCUUGACUGCAUCAGAAAAAACAGGCAAAUUGCAUUGUGA